UGCCUCCGGGGCUCAGCUGAUCGGCCCCUGCCUGACUGGGAGGUGAGGCCAUCCCCUUCACCGCCACUGAGUGCGAGUUUACACGUUCACACGCCCCCAUCCUCCCAGACGAUUUCCGAUAGGUAGGAAGGAAAUCCGAGUUCGUAAUGAACAUUUUCUCUUCUGGCCUGGGUUCGGUUCCCAGCCGCCGCCUCGUGGGUUGACGGCUGGGAGAACCUCGCGACUUGGGGCUGAUAGCCUGGGGAGGCCUGCAACAGCGUCCUGCAGCCCCCGCCCCCGGGCCUGGCCUAGCUGUGAGGUCCUCGGAGCAGCCGGGUGAACCAAGUCCCCGCGCGCGAGGCCUCUGACCGCUGUGUCCUCCACGGAGGGUGUUGGCACGCACUCCCGGACCCUCCUCGCCCCUGAAGGAAACCUGCGAGGCUUGCAAUUUCAGGUCCUUAUGCUGCACCAGGUAACAGGUGUGAAUUAAAAACUUCAGUAAUGGAGUUAGCCCACAGUUUAUUGCUAAAUGAAGAAGCUUUGGCUCAAAUCACUGAAGCAAAGAGACCAGUUUUUAUCUUUGAAUGGUUGCGAUUUCUUGAUAAAGUUUUGGUUGCUGCUAACAAGACUGAUGUAAAAGAAAAACAGAAAAAACUGGUUGAACAGUUAACUGGAUUAAUAAGUAGUUCACCUGGACCACCUACACGAAAAUUAUUGGCUAAAAAUCUUGCAGCCCUGUAUAGCAUUGGGGAUCCUUUUACAGUUUUUCAAACACUUGAUAAAUGUAAUGAUAUUAUCAGAAAUAAAGAUGAUACUGCAGCCUACUUACCAACAAAACUGGCUGCGGUGGCUUGUGUUGGAGCAUUUUAUGAAAAAAUGGGGAGAAUGUUAGGCAGUGCAUUUCCAGAAACAGUAAAUAAUCUUUUGAAAUCUCUGAAAAGUGCAGAGUCUCAAGGGAGAAGUGAAAUCUUAAUGAGUCUACAGAAAGUUCUAAAUGGAUUGGGUGGUGCAGCAGCCUCCUGUCAUCGUGAUAUUUACAAGAAUGCCAGGUCCCUCUUGACUGACAGAUCAAUGGCAGUUCGAUGCGCAGUGGCCAAGUGUCUACUGGAACUCCAAAAUGAAGCUGUGUUCAUGUGGACUGCUGAACUGGAAAAUAUAGCUACUCUCUGCUUUAAAGCUUUGGAGAAUUCAAAUUACGGGGUACGAGUGUCAGUGGCUAAACUCUUAGGCACAGUCAUGGCCACAGCACUGAUGCCAAAACAGGCAACAGUAAUGCGUCAGAAUGUGAAACGAGCAACAUUUGAUGAAGUCUUAGAACUGAUGGCCACAGGAUUUCUACGUGGAGGAUCAGGUUUCUUAAAGAGUGGUGGAGAAAUGUUAAAAGUUGGCGGGUCCGUUAAUCGUGAAGUGAGAGUUGGAGUUACUCAGGCAUACGUUGUUUUUGUAACAACUUUGGGUGGUCAGUGGCUGGAGCGUAGCUUUGCUACGUUCUUGUGCCACGUACUUGAUCUGGUUUCCCAUCCUCGGGCAACUCAAACACACGUGGAGGCUGUGUAUUCAAGACGAUGUGUCUCCUUUAUCCUAAGAGCCACUGUCGGGAGUUUGCUGGGUGAAAAAGCCCAGAUAGCAGCUGCCAAAGAGAUCUGCCAAGCUAUUGGAAAACAAAUGAAAGCAGUAGAAGCAGUCAUGAGUGAUACAAGCAGUGAGAACAAAUCCGGCGCGGCAGACAUUGCAGCGAGCCAGCAUGUGAUGGUCUGCGCCCUCCAGGAGCUCGGGAGCCUGGUGCAGAGCCUGAACGCCACAGCCUCUCCACUUAUUCAGGAGGCUUCCAUAGGACUGUUGGAGAUUGUGACUUCGGUCCUUCUUCACCCAAGCAUGGCUGCUCGGCUUGCCGCUGCGUGGUGUUUGCGCUGUGUGGCCGUGGCAUUACCAUUCCAGUUGACGCCAUUUCUAGACAGGUGUGCAGAACGGCUCAUCAACUUGAAGACAUCACCAGAAGCUGUUAGUGGAUACAGUUUUGCAAUGGCUGCUUUGCUAGGUGGAGUUCAUCAGUGUGCUUUGGGUAUUCCUCACGCCAAAGGAAAGAUGGUAGUUAGUAUUGCUGAAGAUCUGUUACGAACUGCUGCCCAAAAUAGCAGGCUGUCUUUACAGCGCACCCAAGCUGGAUGGCUUUUACUUGGAGCACUAAUGACUUUAGGACCAUCUGUUGUUCGCUAUCAUCUGCCAAAGAUGUUGUUAUUGUGGCGAAAUGUUUUCCCUCGUUCUUUAAAGGAAUUGGAGGCUGAGAAGGCUAGAGGCGAUUCUUUUACCUGGCAGGUAACUUUGGAAGGCCGUGCUGGAGCUUUAUGUGCUAUGAGGAGUUUUGUUGCACAUUGUCCUGAGCUUCUAACUGAAGAUGUGAUUAGAAAAUUAAUGACCCCUAUUGAAUGUGCAAUGACUAUGAUGUCACACAUUCCAUCUGUAAUUAAAGCCCAUGGAGCUCAUCUGAAAGCUAGUGCUGCAAUGGUCCGUUUAAGACUUUAUGAUAUCUUGGCUUUGUUACCUCCAAAAACUUACGAAGGAUCUUUUAAUGCACUUCUUAGAGAACUGGUAGCAGAAUUCACUUUGACUGACAACUCAGCCAACACAACUACCUCCCUCCUCCGAUCCCUCUGCCAUUAUGAUGAUAGUGUUCUUCUUGGUUCUUGGCUUCAAGAAACCGAUCAUAAAUCAAUUGAAGACCAGCUCCAGCCAAACAGUGCCUCUGGAAGUGGGGCUCUGGAGCACGACCCUUCUUCUAUUUACCUACGAAUACCUGCUGGGGAAGCUGUACCUGGUCCUCUCCCCCUUGGAGUCUCAGUCAUUGAUGCUUCUGUGGCUCUUUUUGGUGUAGUGUUUCCUCAUGUUUCUUAUAAACACCGAUUGCAAAUGUUGGAUCACUUUGCUGAAUGUGUUAAACAAGCCAAAGGUGUGCGCCAGCAGGCUGUGCAGCUUAAUAUAUUUACUGCUGUUCUAAGUGCUCUAAAGGGCUUAGCUGAAAACAAAAGUACUUUAGGACCCGAGGAAGUUCGAAAAUCAGCUCUGACCCUGGUUAUGGGAGCUCUUGACAACCCAAACCCCAUCCUUCGGUGUGCAGCAGGGGAAGCUCUUGGAAGAAUGGCCCAAGUGGUGGGAGAAGCAACUUUUAUUGCUAGAAUGGCCCAGUACAGCUUUGACAAGUUGAAAUCAGCUCGAGAUGUUGUAUCAAGGACUGGUCAUUCAUUGGCUCUUGGUUGUUUGCAUCGUUAUGUUGGUGGUAUAGGCUCAGGACAACAUCUGAAGACCAGUGUUAGCAUCUUAUUAGCUCUUGCACAAGAUGGAACAUCCCCUGAAGUACAGACUUGGUCUCUUCAUUCACUUGCUUUAAUAGUGGAUUCUAGUGGGCCAAUGUAUCGUGGAUAUGUGGAACCAACGUUAUCUCUAGUUCUGACCUUGCUGUUGACAGUUCCACCUUCACAUACAGAAGUUCAUCAGUGUUUGGGUAGAUGCUUGGGUGCUAUAAUAACUACUGUUGGCCCCGAACUACAAGGGAAUGGAGCGACAAUUUCUACAAUUCGUUCCUCUUGUUUGGUGGGCUGUGCAAUCACCCAGGACCAUUCAGAUUCCCUUGUUCAGGCAGCUGCUAUAUCUUGCCUUCAGCAGCUUCACAUGUUCGCACCUCGACAUGUCAACCUCUCUAGUCUUGUUCCUAGCCUUUGUGUUCAUUUAUGUAGUUCCCACUUGUUACUUCGACGAGCAGCUGUGGCAUGUCUCCGACAGCUUGCACAGCGAGAAGCUGCUGAAGUGUGUGAAUAUGCCAUGAGCCUGGCAAAAAAUGCAGGAGACAAAGAGAGCAGUGGCGCCAAUGUCAAUCCUUUUGCACCUGGGGUUAGUUCUCGAAGUGAUAUUCAUUACAGACAUCAAGGUGUUAACAUAACAGAAACCGGUCUUGAGGGACUUCUUUUUGGAAUGCUAGAUCGUGAGACAGAUCGAAAAUUAUGUUCUGAUAUUCAUGACACGUUGGGCCAUAUGCUUUCAUCACUGGCAGUGGAAAAACUUUCCCAUUGGCUAAUGCUUUGCAAAGAUGUCCUGGCAGCAUCUAGUGAUAUGAGUACUACAACUCCCCUAAGUGGUGGAAAAGAUGAAGAAUCUGAGAAGAAAGAUGAGAUGGAUGAUGAUACCAUGUUUACCACCCUAGGCGAGGAAGAUAAGUCAAAGCCUUUUGUGGCGCCUCGCUGGGCCACCCGAGUAUUUGCUGCUGAUUGCCUGUGCCGCAUCAUCAAUUUGUGUGAGAAUGCAGACCAGGCUCACUUUGAUCUUGCCAUGGCACGUUCUGCUAAACUACGAAACCCCAAAAAUGACCUCUUAGUACUUCAUCUCUCUGACCUGAUUCGUAUGGCAUUUAUGGCUGCAACUGAUCAUAGCAACCAGCUGCGGAUGGCUGGGCUCCAGGCUCUUGAAGACAUCAUCAAGAAAUUUGCAUCUGUGCCUGAGCCAGAAUUUCCAGGUCAUGUGAUUCUGGAGCAGUAUCAAGCUAAUGUGGGAGCUGCUCUAAGACCAGCCUUCUCACAAGAUACACCAUCAGAUAUAAUAGCAAAGGCUUGCCAGGUAUGCAGUACAUGGAUUGGAAGUGGAGUAGUCAGUGACCUCAAUGAUCUCCGCCGAGUCCACAAUCUGCUUGUUUCUUCCCUGGACAAAGUUCAGGCUGGAAAAGGAUCUUCCAGUCAGCUUUACCAAGAGAGCGCCACCACCAUGGAGAAGCUGGCUGUUCUCAAAGCAUGGGCAGAGGUAUAUGUGGUUGCUAUGAAUAUUAAAAAGGAAGCAGAGUCGAAACCAAAAAGACCAACAAAAAGUACUGAUGAUGAUGAUGAUGACUACGGUACCAUAGAUGAACUACCACCAGAUAGUUUAAUAACACUGGUACAACCUGAACUGCCAACACUUAGCAGGCUGUGGUUGGCAGCAUUGAAAGACUAUGCACUUUUGACUUUACCAGCUGAGUUUUCUAGUCAGCUCCCUCCAGAUGGUGGAGCGUUUUAUACACCAGAGACUAUUGAUACAGCCAGGCUUCACUAUCGGAAUUCCUGGGCUCCAAUUCUCCAUGCAGUGGCACUUUGGUUAAAUAGCACAGGAUUUACAUGUUCGGAGUCCACAGAAGCACCAGCAGGGUCUGGUUCACAAAAACGUUCUGCAGCUGUCAGUUUAAACCAGGCAUCAGGAGCAACAGCCAGUGCUAAAACUUUGCCAGAAAUUAACAAAGACAGAAUGCACCUGAUUUUAGGUGUGAGUAUACAGUUUCUUUGUUCCCCCAGACCUGAGGAACCUAUUGAACAUGUUACAGCAUGCCUGCAGGCCUUACAUACCUUGCUGGAUUCUCCUUACGCACGAAUCCAUAUUGCAGAAGAUCAGCUGAUUGGUGUUGAGUUGCUGAGUGUCUUGCACCGGCUCCUGCUGACCUGGAACCCAUCAUCCAUCCAGCUGUUGGUGACUGGAGUUGUCCAGCAGAUAGUAAGAGCCGCUCAGGAUUACCUGCAAGAAAAGAGAAGCACUCUGAAUGAAGAUGAUAUGGAGAAAGAGUCUUGUGCCGUAUUAGGAGAAGGAGGUGAUAGCGGAGGCCUCAUUCCUGGAAAAUCUCUUGUGUUUGCAAGUAUGGAGCUGCUGAUGUUCAUUUUAGUGCGACAUAUGCCACAUCUGAGUACCAAGAUGUCGGACUCACCAAGUCACCUGGCCACUAAAACUCAGCUGUCAGAAGAAAGCGCUCGUUUGGUGGCAGCCACAGUCACCAUCCUCUCUGAUUUACCAUCCCUCUGUUCACCUGCUGGAUGUAUGACAAUCCUGCCCACAAUUCUGUUCUUAAUUGCAAGAAUAUUGAAAGACACAGCAAUAAAAUCUGUGGAUAAUCAGGUUCCUCCACCUGUCAGUGCAGCUCUUCAAGGGAUUAAAAGUAUCGUGACGCUUUCAAUGGCCAAAACGGAGGAAACUCAAAAACAGUGGACAGCUCUGAUUCGUAGCACUCUUGCAUGCAUCCUGGAAUAUUCUCAACCAGAUCAUACAAAACAAAUUAAAAGACAAAAGGAGAUGGAGAUGACCAUAAAGCAUAUAAAAAAAUCAGCCAAACUUCAGGAUUCUGUGUCUGUGCCUGAUGAAGUAAGCAUGCUAACAGCAAUUGCACUCUUCUUGUGGUCUGCUAGUAGUGAAAUAAUAGGAGUUCAGUCAUUACAGAGUGGCUGUAUGAGUAGAUUUAAAAAUGCAUUAAAUUCAUGUGACCCAUGGGUUCAAGCCAAAUGUUACCAGCUUCUCCUGUCAGUCUUCCAACAUUCCAAUCGUGCCCUUUCAACUCCCUAUAUCCAUUCUUUAGCACCAAUAGUGGUUGAAAAGCUAAAAGCUGUUGAAAGAAACAGACCAGCCAGUAACACAGAACUUUUAGCUGUUCAAGAAGGAAUUAAAGUUCUUGAGACAUUGGUUGCCCUUGGAGAAGAACAGAACAGAGUCCAGUUACUUGCUCUUCUAGUGCCCACUUUGAUCUCUUACCUGCUGGAUGAAAAUUCUUUUGGCUCAGCAAGUUCAGCUUCCAAAGAUCUUCAUGAGUUCGCACUCCAGAAUUUAAUGCACAUUGGACCUUUGUACCCACUUGCUUUCAAGACUGUAAUGGGGGCUGCUCCUGAGUUGAAAGUGCGCCUGGAAACUGCUGUGCGGGCAAGCCAAGCAAGCCAGGCCAAAGCCGCUGCCAGGCAGCCAGCCCCAACCGUACAUUCUACACCAACAAUUAAGCUAAAGACAAGUUUUUUUUAAUGUGUUCUUCCAUUCUUUUUUACUUUAUUUUAAUCUAGUUAGUGAUAGCCACUGUAUCAUUCCAAGCUAAGAAUUCAGUUUUAUUUGUAUAUUAGUAUAUUAUAUUCCUUCCAAGGAGGUUAAGUGAAAUAAUGUUCAUACCACUUACUGGUUUCUAAGGAGUGAUUUUUUAAAAAUCAUGUGUUGAAUGUAUUUUCAUUGUUCUCUCAAUAAUGAUUCUCUUUAAUUAACUUUUUGUUGUUAUUGUUGUUUUGGUUGUGAGGAUUGAACCCAGGGUCUUGUGCAUGCUAAGCAUGUGCUCUAACUACUGAGCUAAACCCCCAGGCCAUAAUUUAUUUUUUAAAUACUGAGCUAUAGUCUUUUAAAUUUAAAUGCUAAAAACAUAAUUGUAUCAUGUAGUUGGUAGCCUAUAGAUAUUAUCAGGGAAAAAUAGGUGAAAAUUCAAUGUUUGUCAUGAAAAAAAUUCAAUUAAAAACAAGCAGGUUUUUAAUUUUUACAUAACCAAAAUAAUAGAAAAAUCUCUGUUUCAUGGUGUAUAUACUAUGAAUAAAAUCACAUUUUCUAAGCAUUUCCCUAAAUAUCCUUAUCUUUCUAAUGGAUCUUUUUAUUUUCAUACUAAAUUACUAAAUUAUGCUUGUGUAUAACUUAGUUAUUAACUGAAUUAAAAUUUGCAUUUAAAGAUCCAUUAAAGUAUCUCAAAUGUGGCAUAAUGUUCUACUUUUUACUAAUGGCUAAAAUUUGUCAUAAGUAAUAUUUUGUAAUUACAGAGCCUCGGAUUCUGAUUAUGCUCGUUAGUUUCAUUCAUUAAAUAUUUAUUGAAUACCUACUGUGUAUAAGGCAUCGAGCUAAGUGCUUCAGGGCAUAUAAAAAUGAAUUAGUCAUAAUUAUGGUUAUGCCAGUCUCUCAUGUAAUGGGAAUUUUACCAUGCAAAAUAGAUAAUUGAUGAAAUGAAUGUUUGCCAUAGUAUUUAGCAAAUUUUAAACACCAAAUUUUACCAGACAGUGUAACAUUGACUAUAUUAAAAGCAAAGGACGGGCUGGGGAUUUAGCUCAGUGGUUCUGCUGUCUGCCUCUCAAGCGCAAGGUCCUGAGUUCGAUGUUCAGCACCAAAAAAAAAAAAAGCAAAGGAUGUUUCUGACCAUUUCAAAAUAUAAAGCUGGGUGUGGGGGUGCAUGCCUCUAAUCCUAGUGCUUGGGAGGCUGAGACAGGAGAAUGAUGAGUUUGAGCCUCAACUAGCCAAUAGUGACUUAGUGAGACCCGUUUCAAAAUAAUAAAAUAAAAGGCUGGAGAUAUACCUCAGGGCGAGUACCCCAAGUUUAAUCACCUGCUGUUACCUACACCAAUUGGCAGCUCACACAUCUUGUCUUUCUUCCUCACUUAGUCCUUUAGAUACAUCAGGGAGGCACUUUCAUGUGUUUUCUCACUGACCUAUUUUCUACAGGAUAAUUUUUUAUUUCUGACUUGGGUUUUCAAAUUUUUUUUACUUUUUUUGUUUAUUUUUAUUUUUGGUAAAAGUCCAUUAAAGUUCAUUCACAUACUCUACAAUUCAUGCAUUUAAAGUAUCCAAUUCUAGGUGGACAUGGUGGCACACGCCUGUAAUCCCAACACUUGGAGCUAAAGCAGGAGGACUGCUGUGGAGUUCACGGCCACCCUGGGCUACAAAGUGAGUUCAAGACCGGGGAUUUAGCUCAGUGACACCAUGCCUGCCCCUGGUACUGGGGAAAAAAAAAAGUUCAAGGCCUGUCUGAACUAUAUAGUGAGACUCUGUGUCUCAAAAAAAACCCCCAAAAUAAAAAAUAAUAAAAAAUAAAGUGUCCAAUUCAGUGGUUUUUAGUUUAUUCACAAGGUAGUUCAACCAUCACCAGGGUCAGUUUUGAACAUUUUUACUACUCCAGAUAGAAACCACAUAUCCUUAAACUGUCAUCUCACCGUCCGCACAUUUUCUCCCCAGCCUGAGGCUAGCACUAACCUACUUCUUUCACUAUAGAUUUUUCAUAUAAUAUGUAGUCUCUUGUGACUGGCUUCUUGACUUCAUGUUGUAAAAUGAAUCAACACAUUGGGUUUUUUUUGUUUUUUGGUACCAGGGAUUGAACUUGGGACCUUGCGGUUGCGAGGCAGAUGGUGGAACCACUGAGCUAAAUCCCCUCCCCUACCUUGGUUUUUAUGGCUGAAUAAUAUUCCAUUGCAUGCAUACCACAUUUUGUUUACCCAUCCAUCAACUAAAGGACAUUUGGGUAGUUUCCACCUUUCGGCUAUUAGAAAUAAUCCUCUGAACAAUUAUAUACAAGUUUUUGUGCAGACAUAUGUUUUAAAAUCUCUUCAGUAUAUACCUAGAAAGUGGACUUGUUGGCUCAAAUAGUAAUUAUGCUUAGCUUUGUAAGGAGCUUCCCUGAUCUUAUUUUUUGCACACAUACAUGUAUGUACAAAACUCCUUUUCACUCAUCUAUUUAUGCAGUAUUUAUUUCUGCCUUGGCUAUUUUUUGCUGUUCUUGGUACUUCCUAGGCUUUUUCCAUCAUUUUUCUUGUCAGGGUAUACUACAUCAUGCAUUAGCAAUGUUUCUUUUUCCCUCUUUCCCUGUCUUCUGUGAUGUCUUUUUUUUCUCUUUCUGUUAGUACAUUUUUUUAUACUUUCUCUAAACUCUUCUUACCCACUGACAGUUUGACUCCUAGUUUUCUAUGGUCAUGUCUAUAAAAGGAAACUGUUAAAUAUUUAUAUUUAUUAAUAAUUUCAUUGGCAAGCCCAUGAGAUUUUUUCAACCUGAAUACUCAUAUUUAUUUGAUGGUGAACAUUGUGUCAUGAAGCUGAUAGGGAAAACAUUAUUAUAGCCAGUAGGUUAUGAAGCAUAACCUGAGAGGUUUAACAGUAUAAGAAAUGAAGUGUCUGCUGUUUGCUUUACAAAUUCUUACUACUAUUAUACAUUUGAAUUCUCAGUGUAACUAGAGAAUAAGCUCAGAAGUCAGAUGCUCCUGUUCUGAAUAGGUUCUACCAUCAAUUAGGGAUAAAAUUUUGAACUUCCCUGUAACCCCUUGCGGCUUCGGUUUUCUUUUCUUCUUUUUCACUUCUUUUUUGUGGUACCAGGGAUCAAACCCGGGCCCUUGCAGUUUUGAGGCAGGCAACGGAACCACUGAGCUAAAUCCCCAGCCCUGUUUUCAUUUUUGUUUUGAUUUUUGAGACAGGGUCUCACUAUGGAGUUCAUGAUGGCCUUGAACUCACUGUAUAUCCCAGGCUGGCCUCGAACUUUCAGUAAUCCUCCUGCCUCUGUCUCCUGAGUGCUGAGAUCCCAGGUGUGUGCCACCACACACGGCCUUCAGUUUUCUUAUCUAUAAAAUUGAAAGAAGUAUUUAGUAGGUAUUCUCUCUGUGAUCUUUUACAUAUCUAAAAAGUACAUCUGUUUGUAUAUUUCCACUUUUUCCAAGAGAAUGAUAAAACAUGAAUUUUUGGGCAAUCCUUUUAAAUUGGCAUAUAAUCUUACUCAAUCUGGUAAAUAGUCUUUACAUGUGUGUAAAAUUACCACCAGAGUAUGGCAGCAUAAAAUAUAUUAAAUGUAUAACACAGGCACAGAUGUUAAAAUAUUGUACUUCACCACUAUCAGUAAGAGCUGCCAUUCUGUUGCCUGCCAGGCUUUGUAUUGGACCUUCCUAUUUAUUUCAAACAAUGACAAUGUAUAUAAUCAGUCUGAUUUUCAAUACGUAUUUAAUCAAAUGGAUUACUACUCACAUUUUUUCAUCUUAAUUGGAACUUUUAGACUGAUACCAGAAAUGGGUAGAAUAUAAUUAUAAAUAAAAUUCUUGUCUUAA